GUAUGCUUGUGGCGGCCUCCCUAAACCUUGAACAGAAGAGACCCUUGCUUUAUUAGAAAGAUUAGAAAGCCAAUCUUAGUUAAACCCAUGUGCCUUAAGACCGCGCAACAUUUCAAAGCCAACUUGAAAGCUUGACACGCCUUUUUUCUAUUGUAUUGAAAAUAACGAUCUCCCUUUUUCGACGAAUAAUACAUCUUUCUAUGCGUUUACGACAUCCCUUUCCUUGUGAUGACCUAAACAAAUAUUCUAGAAACCCGACUCUAUCGAACUUCCUUAGUUGAACACCUUUUAAAGUAACAACCGCAUACGAUCGCGUGGUCAUUAUCCUAUUACCCCUGGAAACGAUAGAGCGCCGAGCUCCUGCGUGGACGAGACAUACGAGCACAAGAUGGGUCAGAGCGUGUCAUGGUUGUCCAGUCUGCUGUGGGCGAAGAAAGAGAUACGAAUUUUAAUCCUAGGUCUCGAUAACGCAGGAAAGACGACGUUACUCUACAGAUUAAAGAUAGGCGAGGUAGUAACGACGAUUCCUACGAUCGGGUUCAAUGUCGAAUCGGUAACCUAUAAAAACCUAAACUUCAACGUGUGGGAUUUGGGUGGUCAGACUUCGAUUCGACCCUACUGGCGAUGCUACUAUGCGAAUACGGCGGCCGUUAUCUUCGUCGUCGACAGCACGGAUAUCGAGCGUCUACAGACAGCCGCCGAAGAAUUGGCUGCCAUGCUCAACGAAGAUGAGUUGAAGGAUGCUGCCCUCUUAGUUUUUGCCAAUAAGCAGGAUCAACCUGGCGCCAAAGGUGCUGGCGAGAUAUCCGAGGCGCUGCGAUUAGGUGAGCUGAGGGAUCGCAACUGGAGUAUUAUGGCGUGUUCAGCGGUUGAUGGAAGCGGUGUUAACGAAGGAAUGGAUUGGCUGGUGCAAACCGUAUCACAGGAUUAAACUCGGUUUUCCCCGCACAAGGCGUCUACAUGUAUAACACUCACCAACCGUAUCAAGCAUGACCGUUACCGACAGUUCCUAUCUUGGCAUCUCAACCGUUUUAUUGAUAUCAUAUACGUACCUACGAUUUUGGGUAGACGGCUCUGGCAAAGUAGGUCGUAUCAUAGGAGCAUUAAAUGCCGUGGCCGGUAUGAUUGGAAGCAAAAGGCGUUCUACUGGACUUUUUUUUUUCUUCAAUGGGGGACGGCCGAAGGGGAAGGAAAGGAGGCAGAACAGGCGAGAACGAUGAAUAUCAAGAUCGACGAAGAAAUUUUCCUCAAGACAACAGUCAUGUGUGCAUCAUCGACUUAGUCAGGCAUUCGUUCGCAAUGCGGGUUCCUGACUAAACCUGGUAUAUAAAUAUCAGGUUAUAUAUAGGCAAUGAAGGCCUGAUGCUUUUCCGUUGCCUUACUCUCGCAAUAUAGAAAGGAGGGACCUGAUGAUCUGGUAGGCAGUCCCUAGAUCAUGGAUCAAGUAAUAAUUAGGUUACGGGUCGGCCCCUAUUCAGUCGUUACAUUAGAUAUAUUAUAAUUAUUAUAGACACACCUUAUUCGGGUUUAAUGACCAAAUCGAUGCUACCGCGGUUCUUCC